CGCCCCCGGGCCGCGCUCCAGCUCGGGGCCUGCUCCUGGCCGGGCGGGCGCAUCAUGGGCAGCGGCAGCAGCCGGAGCGGCCGGGCCUUGAGGAGGCUGCGCGGCUCCGACAGCCGCCCGGCGGGGUCCGGCGGGGCCGCCCCGGGGAGCGAGGCCCACUCGUUGGUCCCGAGCUCGGCGGCCGGGACCCGGGCGGAGGCCCCCAAGGCAGCUACGGCGGAGCGGGAGGCCGGCCAUCACCCCGGCCCCGAGGCGCCCCCCGACGGCCGGGAGGAGACCCUGCGCCUGCUGGAUCAGCUGCUGGCCGAGUCGGAGGCCUGGGUACCGGGGGAGCCUGACCCGCGGAGCCCCCAGCGGCUCCCACCCGCAGCGGGUGCCCGCAGCCCGGGGUCCAUGAAAGAGGUUGCCAAGGACCCCCCAGUGAGCAGCAGUGUGUCUGAGAAUUCAGUGCAGUGGCAUAUCCGUGAGUCAGACAGAACUUGACCUUGGGAGCUUACAACCUAGAAGAGUGAUAUAGAACCCCAGACAGCAGCCACGGGAGACCAGAGUGGCCAGCCAUCACCUACGACCGCUCAGAGGAAGAGCUAAUGGCGAGCAUCGAGCGCGAGUACUGUCUCUGAGGCCCACUGCACAGCAGCUGGUGGUACCCCGCCACCACUCCCGCACCAGACUGGGGCAGGGGACGCCUUUCUGCACCUCCACCCUGCCCAGGACUUUACAUUGAACUGAGCCACCUCCACCACUGGAGUUUAUGCCCAGAUAAUUCACUACGAGCUUUUUCAGAUCCAACAGCAGUCAUCCUGGAUGGGGUCCCUGCAGGGCUGAACGGGAAGUAACAGGUCCACAGGGGCGUGGCCACGUGAUCAUGAACCGCCUAAUCCCCUUCUCCACUGUGAGGGUGGCCUGUGUACAGAGGACUCCUGGAACCUGGGGGUGCUGCCCACCUUUCAAUUUUUGUUUUAUCAGUUAGAUCAUAGAAGAGAGUGUUUCAUGAGACAGAGAGAGAGAGAGAGGGAGAGGGAGAGGGAGAGGGAGAGGGAGAGGGAGAGGGAGAGAGGGAGAGAGGGAGGUGCUAAAGCACCACCCUGGCACAUACAGCACUUGGGAUCGAACUGGGGGCCUCAGACAUGCAGGUCCUGUGCUAUGAGGUGUUUCCCUUUUUCUUUUUUUAAUUUUUAAAAUUUAUUUAUUUUCCCUUUUGUUGCCCUUUUUUUGUUGUUGUUGUUAUUGAUGUUGUCGUUGUUAGAUAGGACAGAGAGAAAUGGAGAGAGGAGGGAAAGACAACGAGGGGGAGAGAAAGACAGACACCUGCAGACCUGCUUCACCACUUGUGAAGCGACUCCUCUGCAGGUGGGGAGUCGGGGGCUCGAACCAGGAUCCUUACCCCGGUCCUUACUGUUUGUGCCAUGUACGCUUAACCCACCGUGCUACCGCAUGACUCCCCUCCCUUUCUUUCUUUUCCCCUUCUUUUUUCUUUUUAGAGACAAAGGUAAAGAGCGGAACAUUCUCUACCAUUGUUCAUCCAAGUUGAGGGCAAGGCCCUAUGGGGGCCCACAAAGGGGUCUAUUUUGUUGUUCCUGAUAGAAAUGACUGGUAACAAUGGAGAGAGGGAUUUAUUUGAGGUCUAGGCCCAUCGUGUCUGUUUGGGAAUUUCAAGACUCCCCGACUAGGGCCCCAGCUGAUGGGGUGGCCUGGUGAGUGACUAAAGAGUCAUCGUUAAUAUAUGCCAGUCUCUUGCCCUUAUUCAGCUUUUGCAGUCCUUGCUUUGAUAAGCUUAGCUUUGGAGUGAGUGAGGGAAGUGUAAUAGGAAGUAGGUGAGGAGGGUAGCUAAGUCUAAGUAGACACUAUUUCAUUAUGAACUUCAUACUGACUCACUGCAGACUAUUGUGUACUUUUGCUUUCAGGUAUAUAUUUUGCCCUAAUUUAUGGAUAUGUGAACAUAUGCUUUAUCUCACGGGACCUGGUGUAUAUCUAGGGUUUGGGACUUUGUUAGGAAGUGAACCUCCUGGGAUGGAAUUAGAGAAUACUAUGAAAGGAAAGGUCUCACCUGAGUAAUGAGACUAAAGGGUUGACAUUCCAUGCCUGAUGUCUCUGGACACAGUCUGAAGUGAAGCUUGCUGAGGUGGUACUCGUUGCGUUGAUUAGGUUGGGAUCGGCGGAUGCAAUAUUAUUUGGUAUGAAUUGAGAGAAGCAUGCAGGAAAGUAUGCCCCACCCUAAAGUUCAAGGACUGAGGGAAAUAUAGGCUCUAUAGAGGAAGCGGGAGGUUCCUGCUGUCUUAGGGUUUAAGAAGUCAAUAGAUAGUUAUGCUAUAACCACAUUAUUUGGCAAUUGGGUUCACUUUGAAAUAUCCCUCUGUUAGGAUUUGCUGUAUUAUACACAACAUCACCAUAAUUUAUGUCCUUUGACAUUA